CCUUAGCUUAGUGUGUCUUCCCUGACGCACAGAGCACUUGUUUCUGCUGCACACUUCACACAGUAAUGGCCAAACAUAACAUGUCUGACCAUAUUUAUGGAAACUUCAACUUCAUGAAAAAGGACUCAUUUGGAAUAAAGAAAUCUGCCAGAGAGAAGCGGUGUAGACCUGUCUGUGCCAAGGCUCUCCUUCUUCUUUUCAUCCUGUCUCUGCUGGUUAAUGGAUGGCUGGUAUACUUGUGUGCCACUAAAUACAAUAUGCUGUUGCAUUGUGAGCCAGUAACAAACUGCUCGAAUUCUGAUGAUGAACAAGUUAUUCCAGGCUGCACUUAUGAUGAGGACUGGAGCUCAUUAAACUACUGCCCGGAUCUGCCAGAGCAUUGGUAUAAGGGCAACAGCAGAUUUUACGUUUUCACAAAUAACAACAAAACCUGGAGCUCCAGCAGAGAGUACUGCAAGAGUCUGGGAGGAGACCUGGCCUUUAUCAACAGCACAGAGGAGAAGGAGUUUCUUGCUCAGAGACUGUGUGUUACUGGAGAAUCUGACCUCUACUGGGCGGGGAACGAGGACACAAACUGGACAAAUCUGGACUCCAAACAACAUAACUGUGCUGCGCUUAAAGGAAGCACGCAAGAAACCAUCUCUUGCUCGAGAGAGGAGAGGAGCAUUUGUGAGAUCCCAUGCCUUCAAUAGAACCUCAGUAUUAGUUUGAU